AUGGACGUAAGAUUUUAUUCACCACCUCCUCAGCCUGCAGCCGCUCCUGAUACGCCUUGUUUGGGACCUUCCCCCUGCCUGGACCCCUACUACUGCAACAAGUUUGACGGUGAGAACAUGUAUAUGAGUAUGACAGAACCAAGCCAGGACUACGUGCCAGCCAGCCAGUCUUUUCCUGGCCCAAGUCUCGAAAGUGAAGAUUUUAACAUACCUCCUAUAACUCCUCCAUCAUUGCCUGACCACUCCCUGGUGCACUUGAAUGAGAUAGAGUCUGGGUACCACUCUCUGUGUCAUCCAAUGAACCACAAUGGCCUCCUUCCAUUCCACCCUCAAAACAUGGAUCUACCUGAAAUUACAGUUUCCAACAUGCUUGGCCAAGACGGGACGCUGCUUUCCAAUUCCCUCUCUGUGAUGCAAGAUUUACGGAAUACAGAAGGAGCCCAGUAUAGUUCCCAUCCUCAGAUGGCAACCAUGAGGCCAAGGGUUCAACCUGCAGAUAUUAGGCAGCCAGGAAUGAUGCAGCAUGGGCAGCUGACUACUAUUAACCAGUCCCAGCUCAGUGCACAGCUUGGUUUGAAUAUGGGUGGAAACAAUGUUCCUCACAACUCGCCCUCUCCACCUGGAAGCAAAUCUGCAACUCCUUCACCAUCCAGUUCAGUCCAUGAAGAUGAAGGAGAAGAUAGCUCUAAGGUCAAUGGUGGUGAGAAGAGACCUGCUUCAGAUAUAGGAAAGAAACCCAAAACACCCAAAAAGAAGAAGAAGAAGGACCCAAAUGAGCCACAGAAGCCUGUGUCUGCCUAUGCAUUAUUCUUUCGAGACACUCAAGCAGCCAUCAAGGGCCAAAACCCCAACGCUACUUUUGGUGAAGUCUCUAAAAUUGUAGCUUCAAUGUGGGACGGCUUAGGAGAAGAACAAAAACAGGUAUACAAAAAGAAAACUGAAGCUGCCAAGAAGGAGUAUCUGAAGCAGUUAGCUGCCUACAGAGCAAGCCUUGUAUCCAAGAGCUACAGCGAACCUGUUGAUGUUAAAGCCUCCCCACAACCUCAGAUGAUGAAUUCAAAGCAGUCAGUGUUUCAUGGGCCUGCCCAGGCUCACUCUGCACUGUACCUCAGCUCCCACUACCACCAACAACCAGGAAUGAAUCCUCACAUCACUGCCAUGCAUGCCAAUAUCCCCAGGAACAUAGCGCCCAAGCCCAACAACCAAAUGCCAGUGACUGUUUCCAUAGCAAACAUGGCUGUGUCCCCACCUCCACCUCUUCAGAUCAGCCCGCCUCUGCACCAGCAUCUCAACAUCCAGCAGCACCAGCCGAUCCCAAUGCAGCAGUCCAUUGGAAACCAGCUACCAAUGCAGGUCCAGCCUGCUCUACACUCACCUACAAUGCAGCAAGGAUUUACUCUUCAGCCUGAUUAUCAGAAUAUUAUCAAUCCAACAUCAACAGCUGCACAAGUUGUUACCCAAGCAAUGGAGUAUGUUCGUUCAGGGUGCAGAAAUCCUCCAGCACAGACUGUGGACUGGAAUAAUGACUACUGCAGUAAUGGGGGCAUGCAGAGGGACAAAGCACUCUACCUUACCUGAAAAUCUGAAACACCUCUCCUUUCCUUUCGCUGAGGAAUGCAGGGAAGUCUUUUCAUCAUGGAUUGCUUUAUGCAGUCAAGGCAGUUCUGCAUUUUAUUAGAAAAUACAAGUUGCUAAGCACUUAGGACUAUUUGAGCUUGUGGGUCACCCACUCUGGAAAAAAUAGUCUUGCUUCUUUCCUUUUCUUCUUUUUUUUUCCCUCCCAUUUUUUUCUCUUUCUUUCUCCUUUCCACCCCUUCCCUGAGACCCUUUAACGGACAUUGCUUUUCUUCUUCCCUGAAGGAAACUUGGACCAUUCAGAUUUUAUGUUGGUUUUUGCUGUGAAGUGCUGCGGUAGUAACUGCCUUAGCAACUGUAGAUGUCUCGGAUAAAAGUCCUGGAUUUUCCAUUGGUUUUUCAUAAUGGGUGUUUAUAUGAAACUACUAAAGACUUUUUAAAUGGCUUGAUG